AUGAAGUUCUUCACCGCCCUUACCCUUUCCUCUAUUUUCGCCGGAGCUUCUGCUUUCUCCGCUGUCGCCCCCAAUGUUGGAAACACUGAACCUGUUAACAAGUCUUUGAAGGGUAUUGAUUCGAACGAAGAUGUCUUUGACCCAACCGGAGGAGACAACAGUGCCUUGAUCCGAAACAACAAUGAUGAAGUUUGGGUUCCACAGAGAGCAAGACCUCGCAGAAACCGUAAGAAUGCCACCAUGCGUGGAAUGGUCAGAGAGAACAUUGUCACUCCAUCCAACUUCAUCUACCCUCUUUUCAUCCACGAGGAGGACUACAACACAGCCAUCCCUUCCAUGCCUGGAUGUGAGCGUCACUCACUUGAAAAUAUGUUGAAAGAAGUCGGAGAGGCGUACAAUGUGGGAGUCAAGACCUUUGUUCUUUUCCCCAAGGUCCCCGAUGAAUUGAAGACCAACCUUGGACAAGAAGCAUACAACCCAGAGGGUAUUGUCCCCCGUGCGCUUCGCCUCAUCAAGGCCGCAUACCCUGACUCCAUUGUCUGUACUGAUGUCGCCUUGGAUCCUUACUCUGAUCAAGGACACGACGGUGUUGUCGAAAACGGAAAGAUUUUGAACGACGUCACCAUCAACCAGCUUUGUAAGCAAGCCGUCUGCCAAGCCAAGUCGGGAUCCGAUGUUGUCGCUCCUAGUGAUAUGAUGGAUGGUCGUGUUGGUGCCAUCCGUGACGCCCUUGACUCUGAGGGAUUUACUGAUGUCUCUAUUCUUUCUUACACUGCCAAGUAUGCUUCCGCAUACUAUGGACCCUUCCGUGAUGCUUUGGACAGUCACCCUGGAUUCGGAGACAAGAAGACUUACCAACAGGACCCUGCCAACGGUCGUGAAGCGCUUAUUGAGGCCGCUCUUGAUGCUGCUGAGGGUGCCGAUAUGCUUAUGGUCAAGCCUGGUAUGCCUUACUUGGAUAUCAUCCGCCGCUUGAAGGAUGCCACUCCUUUGCCGGUUGCCGCCUACCACGUUUCUGGGGAAUACGCCAUGAUUAAGGCUGCCUGCGAAAAGGGAUGGUUGAACGAAAAGGAUGUUGUUAUGGAAACCCUCACCUGCUUCAAGAGAGCUGGUGCCGACAUCAUUCUGACUUACUAUGCCAAGCAAGCUGCUCAAUGGAUUGAGCAAGACGGGCUAUAUUAA